GCUCAGAGAAGCGGGCUGCCGUGUACAGACUGUAAACUACGCUUGCCUUUGCGCUUCUCCAAUUUGUUUAACUUUUUGUAAACGAUGGCCUCCUCAUCCCGAGCCACUGUUGCCGCCGCUGCAGGUCUUACCCUUCUGGGCGGAGCCGCGUUUGUGUCUGCACCUACUGGACGUGCCGGAAACCUGCGAGCAACCGUCUCCGCAGCAACUCCAGCCUUUGCUCCUGUGUCUGGACCGGAGGCGAGCAGCGUCGCCAGUAUGGCAGUUGCAAGCGCAGCUGUUGCCACCUGUUUUGCCAGCCGCAAGGCCGCUGCAAAUGCCAAGCAUCAGCUGGUGGCCUUGAGUGCCUUUGAGAAUGAGCUCGGCGUCCAGGCACCAGUUGGAUUUUGGGAUCCCGCUGGCUUUGCGGCGGAUGGCAGCACCGAGAACUUUGCCCGCAGGCGCCAGACGGAGUUGAAGCAUGGCCGAAUUUCCAUGCUGGCUACAAUGGGAUACAUUACCCCCGAGAUCACCGGAAAAUUCCCGGGCUAUCUGAGCCCUUCCGCUGGUCUGAAGUUCGCCGACGUGCCCAAUGGCCUGGCUGCGAUUUCCAAAGUUCCUGCUGCUGGGUGGGGUCAGAUCUUGGCUUACAUGGCCUUCUGUGAGGUGUCCCAGGACCAGUCGGCGGGAACUCCUGCUGCGGCGGGUGACUUCGGAUUCAAGGUGCUCACCGCGUCCGACCCGGAGGCAAAGAAGACGAAGCUAGCGGCCGAGUUGGCCAACGGAAGACUGGCGAUGAUGGCCAUCAUCGGUAUGUUUUUCCAGGAUGGUCUCACCGGCAGCGCUUGGGGUGACUGGGCCAACUACACCGCUUCGCCUUUGCGUGCCUUCGAAAACGAGCUUGGAGUGCAAGCACCGGUGGGGUUCUGGGACCCGGCAGGGUUCACGGCCGAUGGCAGCACUGAGAACUUCGCCCGACGUCGCCAGACGGAGCUGAAGCAUGGUCGCAUCUCCAUGCUUGCUACAAUGGGAUACAUUACCCCCGAGAUCACCGGAAAACUCCCGGGCUAUCUGAGCCCUUCAGCUGGUCUGAAGUUCGCUGACGUGCCCAAUGGCCUGGCUGCGAUUUCCAAAGUUCCUGCUGCUGGGUGGGGUCAGAUUUUGGCUUACAUGGCCUUCUGCGAGGUGUCCCAGGACCAGUCGGCGGGAACUCCUGCUGCGGCGGGUGACUUCGGAUUCAAGGUGCUCACCGCGUCCGACCCGGAGGCGAAGAAGACGAAGCUAGCGGCCGAGUUGGCGAACGGAAGACUGGCAAUGAUGGCCAUCAUCGGUAUGUUUUUCCAGGAUGGCCUCACCGGCAGCGCUUGGGGUGACUGGGCCAACUACACCGCUUCGCCUUUGCGUGCCUUCGAAAACGAGCUUGGAGUGCAAGCACCGGUGGGGUUCUGGGACCCGGCAGGGUUCACGGCCGAUGGCAGCACUGAGAACUUCGCCCGACGUCGCCAGACGGAGCUGAAGCAUGGUCGCAUCUCCAUGCUUGCUACAAUGGGAUACAUUACCCCCGAGAUCACCGGAAAACUCCCGGGCUAUCUGAGCCCUUCCGCUGGUCUGAAGUUCGCCGACGUGCCCAAUGGCCUGGCUGCGAUUUCCAAAGUUCCUGCUGCUGGGUGGGGUCAGAUCUUGGCUUACAUGGCCUUCUGCGAGGUGUCCCAGGACCAGUCGGCGGGAACUCCUGCUGCGGCGGGUGACUUCGGAUUCAAGGUGCUCACCGCGUCCGACCCGGAGGCGAAGAAGACGAAGCUAGCGGCCGAGUUGGCCAACGGAAGACUGGCAAUGAUGGCCAUUAUCGGCAUGUUUUUCCAGGAUGGUCUCACCGGCAGCGCUUGGGGUGACUGGGCCAACUACACCGCUUCGCCUUUGCGUGCCUUUGAAAACGAGCUUGGAGUGCAAGCACCGGUGGGGUUCUGGGACCCGGCAGGGUUCACGGCCGAUGGCAGCACUGAGAACUUCGCCCGACGUCGCCAGACGGAGCUGAAGCAUGGUCGCAUCUCCAUGCUUGCUACAAUGGGAUACAUUACCCCCGAGAUCACCGGAAAACUCCCGGGCUAUCUGAGCCCUUCCGCUGGUCUGAAGUUCGCCGACGUGCCCAAUGGCCUGGCUGCGAUUUCCAAAGUUCCUGCUGCUGGGUGGGGUCAGAUCUUGGCUUACAUGGCCUUCUGCGAGGUGUCCCAGGACCAGUCGGCGGGAACUCCUGCUGCGGCGGGUGACUUCGGAUUCAAGGUGCUCACCGCGUCCGACCCGGAGGCGAAGAAGACGAAGCUAGCGGCCGAGUUGGCCAACGGAAGACUGGCAAUGAUGGCCAUUAUCGGCAUGUUUUUCCAGGAUGGACUGACUGGCAGCGCCUGGGGUGACUGGGCGAAUUACACUGCUUCGCCUUUGAGGGCGACCUCGCAGUGAGGCAAAGUGGCUUGACGAUGCAGAAAUGGAGGCCGCUGAGUUUGGCAAGCUGCAGGUCAGACGACCAGACUCGGGUG